CUUUCAUUGUACUGAUAUCGAUAAGAGAUUUAUAUUUGUGACAUGGGAAUAGAUCAAAAGGGCGCGAUCGCGCUAGUCACGUGGUAUGUCGUCAUGAACGUUGCGGUAGGCUGUUUGCGCAUGCCCAGAAACGCUGCUGGCGCACAAGAGUGACACCGUUCCGAGCGGUAAUGCUAGGCUAAGUCGCGUGCAAGCUAUUGCGCGACGCAAACAUUGGAACAUGCGCAGAGCUUUCAUUAGACCGUAAUGGCUUGCCAUUAAUUACCAGGAAACUAUUCGGACAUGCUAUGAAUAGCAAGAACACGUUUUAUGGGGGGAACUGGGAUUUUUUAAAAAAGACUUAACAACUCCGUUGUUUCAUUUAUUGCGAAAUUUUGGCAUGCAGAAUAGGUUAACAGACAUGCAUAUUUUUAUUUUUGACGCAUUUCCCUUUGUUUUAAAAAGAUCGACUCUUCGUAAACUUUUAAAGAUAGCAUUCACGAGUUGCCUGGACAGAACAAAGCUCGACAUAUUCCAGCUAUUAAAAUUUCAUUAAAGAAAAACUAAGAAUUCUGUAACAUGAAAAAUUGUCUCUGAAAGUAAAAGAAGCAACAACAAAAAUGCAUUACCGGGACUGGACGCCACGUUUUAUAAGCAAACACUGACAAUGGAAAAGAAAACUAGAAAUACACUCGUAUAACAGCUUAUAUACAAUUUAUUGUGGAGAAACAUUUUCUUUUGGUGUCAAAGAUGAAACCUGUGACUUAGGAUGUCGAUAUGCUUUGAAAAGAGAAUAGACGGACUGACGUCAGGAAGAAUUUCAUUAUUGAAAAACAUCAACUGGAAUAAAAGGAAAGAAAAAGCCUAGGAAGAAAUUAUGCAAGACUUUAAAAAAGAUUCUAAUUGAUCUGCUGCAGUAGAGUGGUGAACACUAGAGGAUAUCGUUGAACACUAAACAAAAAGACACCCACCAAAAAAAAAAAAAAGGAAAACUCCCCAGCAACAGUCCGCCAACUUCUCUUUUAACAAAGUCGUGUAAAUGCAUGAUUGGGUGUGCAUAUGCGUGCGCAACAGGAAGCGUGCGCGGGCGUGCGUGUCGUGAUUACAAGGACACCAUCACACACGCACGUGUUGGUGCCGACGUAGACAGCACCGCGAAAUAUUAGAAGAGAAUUUCCACAAUAGUGCAAUAUCCCUAGGGCGGGAUUUUUUUUUUCUUUCUCUCACUUGGCCGGAAAUGCGCUCAGCCCUGCUACACGAUAGACACAUUAUCAAGAUUUUUUUUUUCGGUGCAGGUGACACACGAAUGCACAAUCAGCACUCGACUUGUUUUACAGGAACACUCGCAGCUUUAUCGCUAGUUGCGAAGACUGGCUAUCGCGAUUGUGGUUCUGUGUUUAAAGAUAUGAAUCCGCACUGGCCGAGAAAAAGUGACAAAAGAAUUAAAAAUGUAAAAAGAAAUCAUUGCGUAUGUGUGGGUUCGAUCGAAGCUCUUAUAAUAUGGAAAAGCUUUGUGAACGUUUGUAAAUGCGCUCUCUCACAUACACAAACGACUGUUUCAGAGUUUUAAUGUUACCCAUUCUCCUACCCUCUUCUCUAAUCUACCUCCUGCUCUCGACCUUAUCACACUCGCUUCCUUCACCGUAUGAACUUCCAGCUUAGAAAAAACAAACAAAAUCAACCAUAACCUUAAUUCGUUCCAGCUGCAUGGUGAACAGAUCGAAGUUCAGAAGGCGAGCCGAAACUUGUAUCGCGUAGAAGACGAAACUGGUUUUCGCUAUUAUUCUAAUUACAACCCAUUCUUCGGUUACUUGACUAUAGUCUGGUCGCCACGGUUUGCUCCCGAUCAUGUUAACAGCCAGAACAGUGAACUUGCUACAGUGCAAAAGAUGGCCUCAUUCUGCCCUGCUCCAACUCAACGCAGUAUAGUCCUGCACCGUGCUCGCUUAGAAUAGCGCGCGUCCCGUGCAGUCACCCACAAAUUCGAGCUAUUCUCGUUCCGGUGUGAGUCCGCAGUGAGAGCGAAAACUUGUUAUCGAUUGGAUGCUUUGGGGACAGCCAUGCCGCGCUGUGGUCUUGCGCAAAGUGCGGGCAAAUUUCAGGACUUGUCACCAAUUUUUUUUUCGAAUUGCUCAAAUUAUUUGGUUGCAUGCUUACUUUAAAAGGCGGCGUUUAAAUCCAGCACGAAAAUUGUUUGCCUGAAUCGCCCUGUACAGGUGAGGGUCUAGGCCCAGAUCUACAUACUCAUCCCGGGCUAAACUGUCGUCUGCUUUGUCGAUACCGCUAUCAGCGGUUUUUCGUCUCCAGGAAAGAGAAGGCGGAGGAGAUUGGAGCGGCAGAACUGUUCUGUCGCAAGUGAAUUAUGGGAUUGAUCCAUUGCUGAGUGGGUCGUAGCCAGCAGGGACGAGAAGACACACACACGUGCUGCCAGACUUCCCUCCCCACAACCAUAGUCGUACAGACAGCAGCUUUAAAAGCACAUCGAUUGGUCGCGCGGCAAACAGGUGGAGGACCAAACGACGGCAGUCCCGUGACACCAUGGCGACUUCUCAUCUGACAGACGAUGAAAGAAAAGGUCAUCUCAGGCCAACACAAUAUCACGGCCAGCAGAACUGAUCACGUGUGCAACACGUAGAAUGAAUGAGUUGCGGUGACAAUUUGUUCUGCAUCAGGAAUAAGAUACGCGAGGCGUUUGAUGUGCUGGAUAACGACAAAGAUGGCCGACUCAACGCGGCGGAGCUGGAGACACUGCUACGCGGACAGUUCGUAGUCGCCUCCAACAAGGAGCUCAAAGAACUGCUGGAAAACAUGGAUGCAGACAAGGACGGGUCAGUUGAUUACGAGGAGUUCGAGGCGUUUGUGGCGAAGAACGGGCUGUACAAGGCCAGCGUGGAAGAAGUGUCUCAGGAGCUUAAGGAUGCCUUCCAGGUUUUCGAUCGUGACGGUGAUGGGUACAUCGACGUCGACGAGUUCAAAAGCGUCAUGAUGAACAUCGGUGACAAAAUGUCAGAAGAAGAGGUGAAGAAAAUGAUGGAGGAAGCCGACUCCGACAAAGAUGGAAAAAUAGACUACAAUGAAUUCAUUCACUUCAUGAGCAAGGGGAUGUACUAAAUAAGCCACUGCCUUCGCAUCAGUAUUGUCUUAUCGUUCCUGCGCCUCUCGUGGUCGCGGAGCAGAUGUUCCGUCCAACCAAAUAUCUUUCCCACCGCUGCUGGUUCGGUGGACAUUUCCCUCAGAAUGACGUCCGCUCAGUCUCGCACAGACAGAGAGAGAGAGAAUCCGCUGUCGAUGCCUAGAGCUUCACGGGAUCGGUGAGUCUGUGGACACUGAAGAGACUUGCCCCAAGCCCGUGGGCACGUCGCUGUGUGCGAGACGCCUUCAACUAGAGAUUGCUGCCACAACGAUCAAUAUUUUUCUACACCCAGAGCCUUUGUCACAUCUUUUCUACAAGUCAAAACGGCCUUUGAACUGUUGCAGACUUUGAUAUUUGAUAACCUGUUCCCACCAUCCCGGAAGUUAUUUUUGUUGAAAUCGAUGGACGUUAUAUGGGUGAUUCGGAACGCGCACGUACCGUGUCAGUAACAGUUGCUGUUGCUUGGUCACGUGUGGUCAAUGCACGAUUUUUUAUUGGUUAGAACUGCUGAUAUUUUCUGCUUCUUUAACCUUUUUUUUCCUUGUCUUUGUUCAGCAGUAAUAGGCAUGCUGUUGGUUGAGAUUUUACUCAAGUCCCUUGCAGGUCUACAGGGCACAAAGGGUGGAGGUGUGCCUUUUCACCGCCACCACACCACCUUCCACGGCAGAUGCUAGAGAUAUAUGAAACUACUGCUACUGCACUGUGCGAACAUCAUAGUGCUACUGCACCCUGCUAAUGGUGGCUUUAACUCUACUUUUUUCUGUCUGCGCAUAUAUACAUCCACUGCCACCUACAUAUACUUACAGAUACACGCAAGCAUGAAUAACUCAAAACCCAUAAUCGUUUAAACCUUUCAAAAAUGGUCUAAAUCAUAACUGUCAAUUUUUUUCUCCCUUCAAGCAGUGUUUUAGAUGAUGAUCAUUUCUCUGUUUUUGUAUACCCCAUAAUGUUUAGUAAUGCGCUACAUAAAUCUACUAUUACUAAGGAGAUGCAGUAUUUGUUUGUUUAUAAAUACAACACCUGCAUGCUGAUUGUUCGCUCCCUUAGCACAAUAUAGCACGUCCACUUACCUCCUUAACGACACUUGUUUCCUUAUCGAACAAGAAAGGGUUGAAGAUAGUGAUCAAAACUGGAAAAAAAGAAACGACGCACUGUUAUUUAUUUAUUUAUUUAUUUUUUGGCUCUUUUUUAUUUUCACCGCACUUCCCAAACCUUCGGUAAAUACACUAUGAAUAAAAUAAUUUCAGAAUGUC